CUCAAAAAAAAAAAAGAAAUGAACAGAGAGAUAGAGAGUCCUUUUCAUGAACUGAAUGUUGGCGUCCUCUAUGUAGGGAAGUUGCAUUAGAGAGGAGAAAUCAGAAAGUUGGUUAGCAAGAAACCAGAGAAGGAGCUGGGUGGACAUCUUUCACAAAGGUCAAAUGAUGCCUGACAUUGCAUUCCUUCCUUAGGGAUUUUAAUGUCUCAAUCCUCUCCAAGGAUUGAAUUGUUCAUGACCCAAAAUUUGGUAUCUUCCUCUGAACUCUCCUUCUUCUAGGAAACUGAUGUCAAAUCCACCCUACCUGCUGGCAGCUCCCACACCUAAUUACUACUGACCCAUGUGGAUGCACCCGAGUUCACAUUUAUUGAGCACUCACUGUAAUUCAGGCAUUACGCUAAACAUGUUUCAAGGAUUACUGCCCAACAACCCUACAAGGUAUUUUUUUUUUUUGGUGCAGUUGUCCCCAACAUCCUCUUUGAUUCCUGUCUUUUCAAAAUAAUAAUAACUACUUUAUUGGGGUCUAAUUUCUCUACAAUAAACUACACUUGAAUGAGUUUUGGCAAAUCUGUGAAAUCACUACCAUAAACAAGACACAGAAUACAUCACCCUUAAAAGUUUCCUUGUAUUACCCUUUCCAAUCUGUCCCUCCAUAUUCAGGCCCAGGCAACUACUGAUUUGCUCUCUGACACACACACACACACAUACACACACACCUUCCUCUUUCAUAUAGUUUUAUAUAAAUGGGGUCAUACAAACUGUGUGAUCAUACUUUCACUUCCCUCGGGUAAAUACCUAGAUGUGGAGGCUGGCUGCGGUGGGUCACGCCUGUAAUCCUAGCACUUUGGGAGGCCGAGGUGGGUGGAUUGCCUGAGCUCAGGUGUUCGAGACCGGCCUGAGCAACACGGUGAAACCCUAUCUCUACUAAAAUACAAAAAAUGAGCUGGGUAUGGCUAUAGUCCCAGCUACUCAGGAGGCUGAAGCAGGAGAAUUGCUUGAACCCAGGAGGCAGAGGUUGCAGUGAGCCAAGAUUGUUCCACUGCACUCCAACCUGGGCAACAGAGCAAGACUGCUCAAAAAAAAAAAAAAAAAAAGUGGAAAUGUUGGGUCUUAUUUUAUGAAAGGUAUAUAAGAAACUGCCAAACUGUUUCCCAAAGCAUUUAUACCAUUUUAUAUCCUUACUAGCAAUGUAUGAGUUCCAGUUUCUUCACAUCCUUCUCAACACUUGAUGUCACAUUUUUUAAUUUUAGCCAUUCUAGUUGGUAUUUCAUUCUGACUUUAAUUUAUAUUUCCCUAAUGAUGAAUAAUGUUGAGCACUGUUUCAUGUGCUUACUGGCUUUUUUGACGAAGUGUCUGUUAAAAUCUUUCGCCUUUUAUAUUGGGUUAUCUUAUUAUUUGUGUUCUUUACAAGUCCAUUGUUGGAUUCACUAUCUAUGAAUAACUACAUUUAGGCUGGGUGUGGUGGCUCACAUCUGUAAUCCCAGCACUUUGGGAGGCUGAGGCGGGCAGAUCACCUGAGGUCAGGAGUUCAAGACCAGCCUGGCCAACAUUGUGGAACCCCAUCUCUACUAAAAACACAAAAAUUAGCCGGGUGUGGUGGCGGUUGCCUGUAAUCCCAGCUACUCAGGAGGCUGAGGUAGGAGAAUUGCUUGAACCCGGGAGGUGGAGGGUGUAAUGAGCUAAAAUCACGCCACUGCACUCCAGCCUGGGUGACAGAGCAAGACUCAAAAAAAAAAAAAAAUUAAGGAUGAGGACAUUUUGGCUUUGGAAAAUCAAGUAACUGGUCAAGGUCACAGAUUCAAACCCAGUGCAGUUGCAGAGCCUACACUUUUUAACACUAUUCCAAUUCUGCCUCUUGUUACACCUCAAUGCUUACAACAAAAAGACCUCAUAGGAAUUAUUCAUUUUAUUGAUAAAGAAACUAAAGAUUCGCAGUCAAUUCCCUUAACCACUUUAAUAUGGCUAACUGUGGGGACAGUUAACUGAUCUCUGGAUCCCAAAUCUAACCUCAUCCUAAAUCAUCUUCUUUCUAUAUUGUUCCCAAAGUGAUCUUUCCAAAAUGUGAACCUGAUCACAUACGGUGGCUCCAGACUCUGGGUUAGGCACUAACUCUCCCGCACUGCAAAUGGCUUUCCUUGAUCUAAUCCACCCUCCCGUGUCAUCUACGACCAUUCUUCAGGCAUACACACCCCCAGCUGCUCUGAGCUCCCAGCAUCAGGCCCUUGGUGCCUCUGCACUGCCGUCUCCUAUGCCGGGUGGCUCUUCUCCAGAGUUGCCAGGCCAACUGCAGUCUGCCCUUCAGAGUCAGCUCAUGCCUCCUCUAGGGAACCCCACAGGCUGGUCAGAACCCGCUUCCGAGUGCUCCAAAGGAUCUCCCUCCCCCCGGUCGCCAGUGUAUAGACUGGAACUCUGUUCCCAGCACACAACCAGCGCGGGCAGGCUGGGGCCUGAGUAUGCUCAGCUAACGCCCCGGAAGCGAGAAGGAGGGAAGUAGACGACACCGGAGUCUAAAGUAAAAGUGUCACGGGAAGAGGCGCGUAGACAGACGGAGCGGGCGGCUGAGUCACGCUAAGGCUGGCAAGUCCCCAGGCCUAGAAACCGAGCAGUAACACUAGCCUACUCUCAGCUUGCCGCCCGCCCGGCGCGGCCCCUGACGUCACCCCUCUGCGCCACGCCGCCGCGGCGCUUCCGGCCGCGAGGCCGCGGAGGGCGGGACGGAGUGACUUCACGGGAAACGCGCGCCGGAAGUGGCUAGGGCUGCACGGAAGUCGCGGGGGCGGGGCGCGGAGGCGAUGGGGGGGCGGCGGCGGCCGGCGAUGAGCGGCGGGAGCGCGUGAGCGAGCCGGGCGGGCGAGGCUGGGGGGCCCGGGAGCGCGAGCCGCAGGGCGGAGGGCGGGGGCGCGAGCGCGGCGGGCGGUGGCGGCGAGGCGGCGGCCUAGAAGAUGGCGGACGGCGACAGCGGCAGCGAGCGCGGCGGCGGCGGUGGGCCGGGCGGGUUCCAGCCCGCGUCCCGCGGCGGCGGCGAGCAAGAGACGCAGGAGCUGGCCUCGAAGCGGCUGGACAUCCAGAACAAGCGCUUCUACUUAGAUGUGAAGCAGAACGCCAAGGGCCGCUUCCUCAAGAUCGCCGAGGUGGGCGCGGGCGGUUCCAAGAGCCGCCUCACGCUGUCCAUGGCGGUGGCCGCCGAGUUCCGCGACUCGCUGGGCGACUUCAUAGAACACUACGCGCAGCUGGGCCCUAGCAGCCCCGAGCAGCUGGCGGCGGGCGCCGAGGAGGGCGGCGGGCCGCGGCGCGCGCUCAAGAGCGAAUUCUUGGUGCGUGAGAACCGCAAGUACUACCUGGACCUCAAGGAGAACCAGCGCGGCCGCUUCCUGCGCAUCCGCCAAACGGUCAACCGCGGCGGUGGCGGCUUCGGCGCGGGCCCCGGGCCCGGCGGCUUGCAGAGCGGCCAGACCAUCGCGCUGCCUGCGCAGGGCCUCAUCGAGUUCCGCGACGCGCUGGCGAAGCUCAUAGACGACUACGGAGGCGAGGACGACGAGCUGGCAGGCGGCCCGGGAGGCGGCGCCGGGGGCCCAGGGGGCGGCCUGUAUGGAGAGCUCCCGGAGGGCACCUCCAUCACCGUGGACUCCAAGCGCUUUUUCUUCGAUGUGGGCUGCAACAAAUACGGGGUGUUUCUGCGAGUGAGCGAGGUGAAGCCGUCCUACCGCAAUGCCAUCACCGUGCCCUUCAAAGCCUGGGGCAAGUUCGGGGGCGCCUUUUGCCGGUAUGCGGAUGAGAUGAAAGAAAUCCAGGAACGACAGAGGGAUAAGCUUUAUGAGCGACGUGGUGGGGGCAGCGGCGGCGGCGAAGAGUCAGAGGGUGAGGAGGUGGAUGAGGAUUGAAACGGGCAGCUUCCCCUACAGGCCUCCACCCAACCACCAUCCCCUUGGCUAGAGAAUUCCCUUUCCUGCUCAUCCCCAGUGAGCUAGUGGAGAGGGAGCAAGGGAGGCCGCAGAGGGAAAAAACAAAACGUAACACAGUUAAGAGAAAUAAUCGUAAGAGAACAGUGACGGACAACUUGAGAAAAGCAGUCCAGUUCCAAGGAACUGACAGCAACCUGCAAAGAGGAAAACAGCAUCUCCUCACCUGCGUAAAAUUGUCUCAGCUUCUGUUGUUUCUCAACUGAGGUUCGUAAACCCAUCAGGAUAAUCCCUGGAGGGAAUAGAUCCUUGCACAUCCAGGGCAAGAAACAUGUCCAAGUUACCCAGACCAUUGAUAACAGUUGCAUUUAGGUUGCACCUGGGUAAUCUGGCAUAAAAGAUCUCUCUAGGCCUCACUGUUGCGGUGUCUAUCCCUUCACCUCCAUUGAAAUCAGCAUUUUGGAUCUAGGUCUUCAUGGAAUCCUUGAGAAGAGAGGCCUUUACAAUUACCCAGUUCUGAGGGUUCAGGUUCACGAAAAGAAAUGCAACUUGGGAUAAUCAUGAACAGGUUAAAGAUAAGAUUUCAAGAAGCCAUCUAAGAAUACAGAACCAAAUUGGAUCCAUUUUUUUAAAAAAAUGGUUUUGCAUGGAACCUGGACCAAGGCAAAUGUCUUUUCUUCGCAGAAUUGUUUUCCAGGAUGCCAGUGGAUUCAGAUAGCAAUGCUUGGAGUAGAAUCCGUUACUAAAAUAGUUUCAAAGUUGACAAAAAAUUUUCAAAGAUAAAAGCAGUUUUACAUUGGGGGUUGCUGAGGUAGGCACAAGAAAAAGUCAGGCAUAAAGCACAAGGCAGACUGUUUGAGUGGAUUGGUUGCUGCUCACUAAAGUUGUUCCCCUGAUCUCUAAAUAUGGAGGUCAUUACCAAGAAAUGCUUUGGUAUGAAUGAGAGCCAGAUCUCCACUGUGUGAGCCAGUGAAUUAUGGCUAAUUCGGCUGUUACAGCCACUGGUUGGCUGGAUUUUAAACCAUAAAACUUGAAGAUUACCUACAAAAGUAACAGUGUGGCUAUAAGCCUGAGCUUUAAUGGAUAUACAUCCUCACGGAAAAGUUGGAAAUAACCAAAACUGAAGUCUUAAUUUACCUUCAGUUUAAUCUGUGGAUUUGUUCAAAUACUAAAGAUCCUCAGGUCCAGAAUUCCAGCAUCAUUUAUUCUUUUAAAAUUUUUAAGAACUUGAUCCAUUGUAUCAGUACCUCACAAUCAGAGUUGGCAAAUGAUGGAUGAGUGAUUCAAGCAGUGCACCCGGUGGAAGCUGAAAUCCAUCUGUGAAUGGAACUGAAGUGAACGUGAAUAUGCUGACUAUAUCCUGGAAGCAUUUUUAUACCAUCUUGAAAUUUCAACAAACUGGCUUUUGCCAGUUAAUCCAGCUGUCUUUCAAGAAUAAAAGUUGGGGUUUUCAAGGAUCGCCUCUUCUAUAUUUUAAAUGGAUUUUCAGUAGAAAUGAUUUUUACUAAUCAAGUUAAUCCCACCCCAUCAAAAGGUAUUCCUAGAAAUGUCAUAGACCUAGGUAACUUUGAAUUGAAUGGGAGCUAACGUUCUUUCCAAAGUUUUCAGGUAUUCUUUGUGUGACACCUUCUCAACCAGGAGGCAAGUAACCCCACCUCCACAAUCUUAGUAUUUUUUUUAAACUGCAUGCCUGCCCCUUAUUUGAGCUGCCUUUUUAAUUUAUUGCAUAUCCUUUUUAUUAUCUUAUUUUGGUAUUAUUCAAUCUAUACAAUCUUUUUGUAUUUAUUGGGAAAUGAGUAAUAUACAAAAAGGUUUUCAUGUAUUUGUGGCUGAGAGGGCGGGAAAUAAUUGUGUACAUAAAAUUAGGCUUUUUUAAAAAAAUAGAUUAUGAUGCAGAAUAUUGUUGAUCUUAGAUUAAAAAGUGGAAGAGCCACAAACAUUGGUGCCCUUUUCAGACUAUUUCUCUACUCUCAUCAUCCACAGUAGAAUUUUUAAACAGAUUUUUUUAAAGCUUUUCUUUUAAAUUUUUCUCCGUUGCAAAGAAUGUUUCCUAAAUUGUAUGGGAGCAAUAGUAUUUUUGAUGUUUUAAUGACAUCCGUAUACUUGUACUGUAUUUUGUACUACAAGGCAGCUGUUUUUCAAUAAUGUCCUGCUGUAUUUACCUACGUGUUUUGAGUGUCUAUUUCUUUGCUGCGGAGAACAAAUUCCUAAAUAGUUUUAGUAAAGGAGCUGAGAAGCUAGCAUUAGGUUUGCAGAAACUAUUUAAGUUUCAACUCUGAGGCAGCAAUGAAAAUUUAAGUUGCAGCUAUUAGUUGAUUGCUGUAACUUUUUCAUUUUCAAACCAUGUACAAUUCUUGUAUAGACCAACUUGUUUUCUUGCUUCAGUGGUGGUUCUGUUGCUCAGCUGCAGUGAGCCAGUUCAAUUUUGCAAAGGUGCAGUACCUCUCCUUUUCAAGGGGUUGGUUUAUUCUUUUUUCUUUUUGUUUGGCUGAAUUGCAGUAACUAGCCUUGCCUUUCUAUUCUGUAGAAAUGACAGGGUCUUCACAAUCCUUCACCAGUGGCUACUAAGCUAUAAUUAGCUGAAUAGAAAGAAUGUGGAAGUGGUCUGAGGCAUAUAGAGUAUAUGCCAAGAACACUACCAUAUAUGGCAUCAGCUUUGGUUACCAGAGAAAUUUUCUUAGUCAUUAGACCAUGUAACAGUAAUAUAUCAUAUGUAAAUCUUUAGAUAUCAAUUUGAAAAUCCUCCAAAAAAAGGAGCAAAGAAUGCAUAAGCUAUGUGUUGGCAAAAGUAAUUUAUAUUAAAAUUUUGACCUGCCUAUGUAAGAUUAAGUGGUAAUGUCAUAGUGGUGGGUUUUUAAGUCUUAACCAAUCUCUAAGGUUUGUUUCUCCUGCAAGGGAUGGUUCAUGGCCUCUCUUCCCACUGCAGGAAGAUUGCAGAAGGCUGUGGAUUAAUUGUAGCAUUUCACUGAUCUUCACUCCAGUCACUAGGGACAAUAGAAACCUGCAAAACACAGAUUCAUUCGUAAAUAUUAUUAAUAGCUUAUUAAAGGAAAUGGUCUUUGUUAAUUCCAGUCAGAUAAUGGCAUUGUACAGACAUGGGAAACAACCAAUUUUUUUUGUUUUUUCAGUUGUUGCUAUGAAUGAUUUUGAGCCUUUUUUUUUAAGCUUGGCAAACAUCCCAGCUAAUCAAAAUAGUCAUAUUCCUGAGAAGUAGGAAACUAAAACUUCUUUUCAUAUAAUUGUUAGAAGGUUUGUUUCCCAAACUACCAUAGUUACAAAGGUGAAAAGCCAAAUUUUAGGAACAGAAUCAAAAGAAUAAAAAUCUGUGAAGAGAUCCUACUACUCUUCCUUCUAUGUUUUGGUUUUGGUUUCUGUUGUCCUUAUCAUUUCAGCAAGUGGAACAGCAGCAAGUUUUUCAGUGCAUAUGCUGCACAGAACAAAAUGUAAAUCUGUAUGGCACCAAAAAUCAAAGUGAAAACCAAACCAAAAACCCAAACACCCUAUGUAACUAUCGGAGGCAUAUACGUGGUAUACAUGACUGUAGCUGUGAUACACACAUGGCUACUUGUCACAUCACUUUCCAUAAUUAUUUACUGCAAAAUGAUUGAGAGGCUUUUGGUGCAGGCAGCCGUUAACCUCCUGCUUCCUUUGUUACCUCUGGAUUACUUUGCAGUAAAUUGCAGGUCUUUUAAGAGAUUCAAGCUUCAGUUUUCUCAAAACAAAACAAAUAUCCUGUCUUAUCUGAAAAUGCAGGGUUGUGGGCAAAAGAGGCUGGUUAUAAUAAUGCCCUCAUAUUGAGUGGUCUGUAAACGGCUGCACACUUCAGGCACUGUAGUUGCUGACGAUGCUUUGUUAAAUGUGACCUUAACUGGCUUUACAGGGGUGUAGAAUGUAAUCUACACAAGGUGACUUUGCAUCUAUCUUGCUCUUGAGGUGGAUGAAAUUGAGAAGCUGGAGUGUGUAAGCCAUGCACAUAAGUAUUCUUCACUGUAAAUUUUGUUUUCAUUUUUAACCCAAUUAUGGUACUUUAUCCAAUGCACAACUGAUCUCUCAGUAGAUAUUCAUUUGAAAAUAGUGUGGCCUUGAUCAGUGAGAAAGGGAAGGAGAAAAGUGACUUUUUUGCUUAUGUAGAAAUGACUCAUUUGCUGAGAGUUUGUCUUUCUGCAGCACUCUUGGUAUAAUGUUAGUGAUCGGUCUCCUUUUUGAUUGGGGAAAGUUAAUGUUUUUGACCCUGGAGUUAAUUCAGUUGAGUUAUCUUAUAUUUUUAGGAAGUAUCAGAAUUGCUCUGAUGAAUAACAAAGUUGACUGUUUUGAUGUCCAAUCUCAGGUUUUAGAAUAUAGUGGUGUAAAGUCCCACUAUUUUUAAUUCUUAAAACAACUUUAAUUUCGUACACCCUAAAAGUCACAUGAAUAAGGCCUGUUCAGAGAGCAGAGCCUCCAUCUUUUUGCUCCUUUUCUACUUUGUACUUCACUUGAAAAAAUAUCAAGUGACUUUACAUUGUAUAUUUCCAUUGUAACCCUGACAUUUCUCAAAGAUAAAGCACUUUUUGAUCAUGAAAUACAUGAAAUCUUUGUGUGAUGUGGAUCAUAGUUUCUCAGGCUCCCUUAGAUAAUUGCUUAUGAAUAUUGUUCUAACUCUGUGUAAGAAGAGUAGAAAUCUUUGCUAAUGUUAGAAGGUUUGUAUUAUUGAUCCAGAAUGCAUUUUGCUAGUUUCCAAUGGAUGGGAGAGUAAAUAAUGCUGCAUUCACAAUUUAAUAAGUUACUUUCCCUUGAGCCUUAAGGUAACUUUUUCUUUUCUGUCAACUACAGCACUGAAGUUAUAGUAAGUGAAUGAGAUUAUCAGUUUUCAGGGUUGGUUUUAGAGUACUGUAAAUCAAUUAGCUGUCUUCCUAAAGAGUUACAACUCCCAUUCAGUAUACUGGAUAAUGGGUGUGUGGGUGGGGCUGGGGAGGGCGGGAGAUAGUUUGUAGAAAAGAAAAAAGAAAAAAAAAAAAACACAUUUACCUUAAGAAAAUAUAGACAAAAAAGAAUAAAGUAUGUGUCAUAUGCUCCAUUUGAGAUUCCAAAUGCGGCCGGGCGUGGUGGCUCACGCCUGUAAUCCCAGCACUCUGGGAGGCUGAGGUGGGCGGAUCAGUUCAGGUCAGCCUGGACAACAUGGUGAAACCCCGUCUCUACUAAAAAUACUAAAAUUAGCCGGGCAUGGUGGUGCAUGCCUGUAGUCCCAGCUACUUGGGAGGCUGAGGCAGGAGAAUGGCAUGAACCCAGGAGGCGGAGGUUGCAGUGAGCCAAGAUCGCGCCAUUGCACUCCAGCCUGGGUAACAGAACAAGACUCCGUCUCAAAAAAUAAAUAAAUUCCAAAUGUAAGGUGGAAAUGGCAGAUUAUAACUUCAUUUCCUCCAUUUUUAACUUAGAAAAAACAAAGUCCUUAAUUUUCAAGUAUUAGCCCCCCAGAAGUUUCAGCAGAUAGCUGGACUCUUGAAUAAUGAGUUCUUUUGAUAUGUCUGACUUUGCUAUUUAAAGUCUCCUUUCCCAGCCCUCAGUCUUAAAACUCAGUUUUAUUACUGACGGAUUUAACAGACUCUUACUUGAAAAUUGUCCAAUUAUCAGUACUGAAAAUUAGAUUUGGAAAAUGAAAAAAUAAUAAAAUCGCAUCAAGAAAACUUAUUACCUUAGAGAUUCCCAAUUGAUAUCUGUACCCCUGAUCCAAGUAAGGCCUUUAUGAAUGUAUUUUAUAUUUCCUAAAGAAAUAGGGAAUAUGCCAUCAAUGUAAUCACCUCUAUUCACAAUCAUUUAAUUUGAAAAUCUAACUCAUGUCUCUUGAAUUAGACAUUCCAAUUGGGAUAGGUAGAGUCAUGUUAAAACAAUAGAAUAGCAACUGCCAUAUUGGUAGUUUCACUGCUCAAUAUGAUUUCUAAUAAGAGCAGAGCUUUAUUGGAAGCUAAAACUCAUUUUUCUCCAUAGAUGAUUCUAACAGUUUAAUAAAAAAGUAUAAUUAUACUUUAAGUGUCAACAGAUUUUGAGUCUAGAAGCAAAUUUCAUUUUCCUUGUGUUAUAUCUAAUAUCCAUUGACAUGGGUAAGAAAACUAAUUAUGUCUUUUUAGUAUGAUGAAAUGUGGGCCCAGAGUAUUGGAAAGAAAGCAAUAGCCCUAUUCAGUGUCCACUAGGAUGGAUAUUGCCGAAGGCAUGAGUUUGUCCUUUUUUCCCCCUUACCUUAACACUUCAAUAGCUAACUUUUUCCAAAAUAUCCAUUUAGGCCAUCUCUUAUUUCUUAAAGCCAAAUAUUUCGUCCCCAGUCUUAACUCUGAGUUGCAAGAUCAGGCUGGUUGGAAGAAUCUUUAUAUUUAGAAAUAGGAUGGUGAGUGGUUUGUUUAUUCUCUUGUAAAAUUCCUUUUUCAGAGACAUAACUGCAGGGAGAGUCCCAAGAGAACUGAAGAACUGGAUUAUAUCAUUAAACACAUUUGUGUUGUAGGAAUUUGGGAGUUUCAUUUUGAACUGAUAAGAUAUUAGACAUAAACCCUUGUUCCAGCCCACAUGUGUCAUCCCUGUGUACAAAAGCUCUCUGGAUUCUUUUUUUUUUUUUUUUUUUUUUUUUUUUUUUUGAGACAGAGUUUCGCUUUUAUCAUCCAGGCUGGAGUGAGUGUAGUGGCUUGAUCUCAGCUCACUGCAACCUUUGCCUCCCGGGCUCAAGCGAUUCUCCUGCCUCAGCCUCCCAAGUAGCUGGGAUUACAAGCAUGUGCCACCAUGCCCAGCUAAUUUUUUGUAUUUUUAGUAGAGACGGGGUUUCACCAUGUUGGCCAGGCUGGUCUCGAACUCCUGACCUCAAGUGAUCUGCCCGCCUCAGCUUCCCAAAAUGCUGGAAUUACAGGCAUGAGCCAUCACGCCUAGCCUACUCUCUGAAUUUCUAAAAGUCAGUAGGUUGACCAAAAAGUCUAGAAACUGGCUUUAAGUCAGUAUGGGACAUACUUAUAAAGAGUCCAUGGUUUUGCACGUUUCGGUAGACAAGUAAAUCUGAGUUAUUUUUCAAUGACUUACCAAUAUUUGAAUAGUAACUAAGAUCGUCAGUGUAUCUGGACUUCUUUUUUUGAAGUUCUAAAACAAUUAUAGUAGGGAUUUAUUAUUUUGGGCCUCCAUCCAGAUGUUUUUCCAAGAUCAUUUUUAAAAUUCAUUUGUCUUCUGUUUCCAGAUAACAUACUUUCCAUUCUAUAGGAAUCUUCACUGCCAAUCAUAGUAUCUACCAGUGGCUUCCUUAGACUAUUCACUCCAAAGCUGGGACUGAUGUCCUGCCAGUAGAGAAUCUACAGAAAUAAUUUGAAUGAAUUAAAACCAAAUCUUGAUAGCAGGAGACAGCUUCCUGAUCUAGAUGUACAAUUAGAGUUUAGGUUGGAAAUUACUUUAAAAUGUGUUUUUUGGGGAUGUCUUCAAUCUCUGUGUAAAUACCCACAUGCUUAUGCAUUGUAAACCAAGUGUGUAUUCCUGUGUAUGAAUUUGUAGAACUGAUUUCUGCUUCAAGAGAAGCUGCACCUUUAAUUUUUUAAGGUCCCCUCCACCUGUAACCCUAUAAAUGUCUGUAAAUAAAACACUAAAAUUUGUAGUGAUAGGAUCAAUUUGGGAAUAUCUGCUGAGAGACCAAAAAGUUCAUUUUUUUAAGUACCUUGGUUAAAGAGUAAAGAUUAUUCCUCUUAUUUUUUAAAGAAGAAUGCACUUUAACAAACAUAGAGCUGCAUGGGCAAUUCAAACAAAUCUGUGAAGUGCAGUACCCAUUCAGAAAUCACACUUCCUGAAAACCGUUCAAAAGCAGAGUCCAGACGGGCUGUUGAUCUCACUGCCUGUAGGUUGAAGCUCAGAUUCUGAUCAAUUUUGAGAGGAGCAGGGCUGCUUCAAAAGAGCAAUGUGAAUACAGUCAGAAGCUUCAGACUGGUCUGUAAAAAUGGCGGGUCCCGUAUUUACCACUAACUAGCAAAACUGACAGAAAAACAGAGAAAAAAAUGUAAGAAUCCUUCCUGCUGGUGUGCACUCCUUACAAUAGACUUUUGCAAAUGGAGUUUUACAGUCUAUAUUUAAAAAAAAUUGUAUGUUUGUAACAAAUAAAGUAUGCAGAAAAGUGAAUGAUAA